GGCGCCGAGCCGAAGGGCCUCGUGAAGAGACAUCUCCGAAAGCACCACUACGCCACGGCCGAGGUCACCGCAGCCUUCGAGAGAGGCCUCCUCGUCGACAACGCGAAGCCGGAGGAGACAGAGCCCAAUCCAGAGCCUGGCGCGGACACUCGCGUCGGCUCCCCUCAGGCAGCGGCUCCGGCCCCUCGGGCCGAGGAAUCGUCCAAUGCUGCAGCGAUGCAGUC